CACACCAUCUCUCUCUCUCUCUCUCUCUCUCUCUCUCUCUCUCUCUGUUUGGCGACGGAGCAGCGAGCAUGACCAUUGUGGUGGUGUGGAGUGUGUUGGUCGUAUUGCUCACGCUGUUCCUCAGAGUUGCUCACCAGACCAUCUCAUGUUACUGGCUCACUCCAAGACGCAUCAGGAAGAACAUGGAGAAACAAGGAGUGCGUGGCCCCAAACCUCGGUUUCUGGUUGGCAACAUCUCAGAUAUGGCUUCUCUCGUAGCCAAAUCCACCUCUCACGACAUGGAUUCCAUCAACCAUGACAUCGUCAGCCGCCUUUUGCCCCAUUUCGUCACCUGGUCUAAACAAUACGGGAAGAGAUUUAUAUACUGGAACGGGUUCGAACCGCGAAUGUGCUUGAUGGAGACUGAGCUGAUCAAGGAGCUUUUAUCCAAGUACUGCACCAUGUCCGGCAAAUCAUGGCUCCAACGAGAAGGAGCCAAGCAUUUCAUCGGCCGCGGUUUGCUAAUGGCCAACGGGGAGGAUUGGCAUCGCCAGCGUCACAUCGUUGCGCCAGCAUUCACCGGAGACAGGCUUAAGAGCUACGCGGGGUACAUGGUGGAAUGUACAAAGCAACUUCUCGAUUUACUGCAAAAUGCAGUGAAUUCGGGGGAAACGGAGGUGGAGAUUGGGGAGUACAUGACCAGACUCACCGCCGACAUCAUUUCUCAAACUGAGUUCGGAAGCAGCUACGAGAAAGGGAAGAAAAUAUUUCAGCUGCUUACCCAUUUGCAGCACCUUUGCGCCCAAGCCAGCCGCCAUCUAUGCCUUCCCGGCAGUCGGUUUUUCCCUAAUAAAUAUAACAGGGAGAUAAAGGCUUUGAAGAUGGAGGUGGAGAGGCUAUUGAUGGAGAUAAUACAGAGCCGGAAGGACUGCGUGGAGAUAGGGCGGAGCAGUUCCUACGGGAAUGAUUUGCUGGGGAUGCUGCUGAAUGAGAUGCAGAAAAAGAAAAACGAAAGCGGGCUGAGCUUGAACCUGCAGCUCAUAAUGGACGAAUGCAAAACGUUCUUCUUUGCGGGGCACGAGACCACUGCUCUCUUGCUCACAUGGACCAUCAUGCUCCUCGCCAGCAAUCCCUCCUGGCAAGACAGGGUUCGACAGGAGGUUGCUCAGGUUUGCAAUGGUGCCACUCCCUCUGUUGAUCAUCUUCCCAAGCUCGCCCUGCAGUUAAACAUGGUAAUUAACGAGUCCCUGAGGCUGUAUCCGCCGGCAACCCUUCUUCCCCGAAUGGCAUUCGAAGACAUCAAACUAGGCGAUCUCUGCAUCCCAAAAGGGCUGUCCAUAUGGAUCCCGGUGCUGGCACUUCACCACAGUGAAGAGCUAUGGGGAAAGGACGCAAACGAGUUCAACCCGGAUCGAUUCGCCACAAAGUCUUUCGCCCCCGGUAGGCAUUUCAUCCCUUUCGCUGCCGGCCCCCGAAACUGCAUCGGCCAGUCCUUCGCCAUCAUGGAAGCUAAGAUCAUACUCGCCAUGCUAAUCUCGCGGUUUAGCUUCACCAUUUCGGAGAAUUAUCGACAUGCCCCCGUCAUUGUCCUUACCAUAAAACCCAAGUACGGAGUUCAAAUCUGUCUGAAAAAAUUGGAUUAAUAUAUAUAUAUAUAUAUAUAUAUAUAUAUAUAUAUCAUAAAUGUUAAUUAGUUAAAGUAUUAAGUUCUGAUCAGUAGGCAGAGAUAGCGAUGGCCCUUUUUUCUAUCUCUCUUUCUUUUCUUUCCUUUUUUUUUUGGCUCGAGGGAGAAUGAUCAAAUUAGUAGUUGUUUUUGUCCAGUUUUUUUGUGAAGAGGAACAGAUGGAAUGACUCUAAGAAGAAAAAGAAAGAAAGAGAAUCAAAUUAUCAAUUAAACAAAGAUAAGCCCUGCAUAUGCGAUGUAAGCCCUGCAUAUACGAUGUGUACGUGGGUUUGAUCCUUCAAGUCUAUCUUUUUUUUUUUUGUGGGUUACGCCGGCAGCAUAUAUGAUCACUGGUGAUUCAACAAAUUAUAGUGCUCGGUCGGUUCUGAUCAGGUUGACAAUUAAAUAGACAAGUUGUGUUGAUAA